AUGAACAGCUCGAAAUCGUCAUUUACAUUCUCCAAGGAGAAGGUCUUGCCCACUUCUGAUCCAAAGUCUCCAUUCUACUACAACUUGCCACCACAUGACUCCAAGCCCAUCGACACCUUGGUUGAGUUUUUCAAGUUUUGGAAGUACUUUAUCAAGUCCAUCAUCUACUACUUUAAGGAGAUCAGCUUGGUUAAAGAGUUGGGUGCCAACCUCAACUACCAGUUGAUCAAUGCUGUUCAGUUUCCCGGGUGCAAGGAUCUACCUCAGCGCAUCAUUCAUGAGAUCAAUGUGAGUUCGUCGCCGCAGGGCGCCAACAACGGUGCAUCGUCUCCGAGGGAAGUGACACCGACAAAGGAGUUGAAAAAGACUCCUUCUGGGUCGAGUUUGAGCAGCAUGAGCACUCAGACUUCCGGUGCCGCGUCUCCGGCAGUGUCCCAGAACGGAGUGCCACAUGGAGCACUCACUGGUUCAAGUGUCAAUGGCCACAAGAGCAGCCCAAGGCCAGGGUUACACAAGGUCAAGUCGGGUUCUGGUAACCAGUCGUUUUUGAAAAACGCAUCGACUAGUCUCCACAAGAAGGCCGCGUCCUUUGCUAGCCAGACCCCGUUCCCGCAUCAUCACCAACACCACCACACGCAAGGGCUGCAUCCGGGACUGCCGCACCAAAGUGGAGGAGGAUCAACGCCGCCAUUGAUAACGCUGGAACACAGCAAUGAUGUGCGCAUCCCACCAAACAUGUUUCCUGAAAACUCAAUGUUCACCAAUCUUCCCGCGCUUUUGUUGAGCUCCCACCACACAGCAUACAGCAAGAGCAAAAAAUUGCACAAGGAUCUCAAUGCGAGAUUGAUUCCCAGAUUGGAAGUGUUGUUGAAGCAGGUGUCACACAAGAUCAAGGAGAUCAAGACCUCGCUACGCAAUGACGCUUUUGCCAAUGCAGAAUUGGCAAAAGAGAUUUCCAAAACGGGACAAGUGUUGAGCAGGUACCUGGUUGCCGUUGAAAUAUACUGCGGAACCAGGCCUGUUAUCAAGACUGUGGGAUCAGAGGAUGAGAAUGGACAACCCAUAGCCGAAGAUGGUGAGUUUGCUGCGCUUGAUGACCCGUUAUUGCUCAAGUUUAAAGUUGAUUCGAGGUUAAAGACGCAGUUAAUUUUUGAAAACUACAUGUUUGCCUCGUAUAUGAACUUGCAGAAUAUCAGUAAGGACUUGUUUACUUAUUUAUUAAAGGAGCUCAACUGGGUGGUUGACAAGUAUGGGAAAUUGGAUUUGAACACGGAAUUUUACCAUUUCUUGAAGGCAAAGAUUAGUGCAUCAUCAACUAAGGACUGGGAGUUUUUCAUCUCCCACAAUCCUGCGUUUGUCAACCCCUAUAUUGACACCGAGGAGAAUCCAAAAAGAGAGACCAGGACGUUUAAAUCGGUGAUUUUACCCUAUGCAGAUUCGAUUCAAAACAAGUGUCUCCACUUCGGUAUGAUGUACAAAAAAUCCAAAUUGACGAAGAGUUACACGAGACAUUUCUACAUUUUAUCUUGCAACUAUUUGCACGAAUUCAAGUUUGACGAAGAAGCGAGCAAAAAGGCCAACGCGGCCAAGAAGGAAAAAAUCGGUGGGUUGGUUGGCGCCGACGAUGAACCGAUAAAGUCGUACAACUUGAAUGACUAUGCCAUUUCGGUCAAGGAGGACGGCUGCAAAUUCAUCAUGACCAAGAAGUCAACGAAAUCUAAACGCACUUUCCGGUGCUUGAAUGAGCAAGAGUUUCAAGGCUGGUUUGGAGACCUUUCCGAGUUGUUGAAGUUUGGCAGUGACCACCAUGGCAGGUUUGCAUUUAUUCAGCGCAAGGCUGCCCAGAAUGGAGGCAGCUUUGAUCCAAAAAGGAGGAAAUCGUCGGCUUCUCCUCCUUCAAACACCACCCCCGCGUCCACGACGCAUGCGCAAGCAGUGGCAGCCUCCAAGGAAUUGUCCUUGAAUCUCAACAAUGCAUCAGUUCCAGCACUAUCGGGCAUGUUUACUCCAAGGAUUGGCACUCCUCUCGAGUCAAAAGCAGCUGCUGUGCAGGAGGCUAAUCCAUUCGACGAGGUCUUUUCAUCGAUGCCCACGCAUCAGGGAUCUGCCAUGUCGAGUGUCAGGUCGUCGCCUGCGCUUACUCCAAAGGCACUCACUCCCGUGGAGUCCUUUACCAAUAUUCCUUUGAUUAUCAACCACGAGGGUGGUACUAUGCCGGGUACAAGUUCGGGCGCUGGCGAUGGCGCUGGAGAGAAAGGCUAUGUGGGACACGAUGACUAUGUUAAACUUCAACAGGCAUUUAUGAAGCAACAAGCUGAAAUACUGGCUUUGAGGCAUAAAGACCAUGACAAUAUCGAAUUAAUCAGAGACAAGCUUCUAUCUUUGCACUUGCAAGAUGUGCCGCCAUCAGCGCAACAUCAUCACCAUCAACAACAGCAUGCUGAUGGCGGAUUGAAUGUUCGCAAGCAGAGCGACGAGAGCUUGAACUCGUUUGUGUUGCUGCCUAACUCUGUCCCGCUUGCUCACGCCGCGGUGGAGAAUUUUUACCCCCGGAAAGAAGAUGGUGGCGUUGUGUUUAAUAUUGCUCCUAGCAGUUUGAAUAACGACGUCCAAGGUGUGGAUGCUCAACUGAGUGAACAGCAGCAGCAGAGUAGUACCAGGAACUUGCCCACUGUUUUCAUUAGCAGCAACCAUUAA